AUGGCCGUUCAGGUUAGCGGAUCGUCCGGGCCGAUUGCCCGGCUCGAGGGCCGUGAAUUCGAAUACAUGAUGAAGAAGCGCUCGGUGACCAUCGGCCGGAACUCGUCGCAGGGCUCCGUGGACGUGAGCAUGGGCCACUCGAGCUUCAUCUCGCGGCGGCACCUGGAGAUAUUCACGGCCAGCGACGACGGCACCGGCAGCGGGGACUUCUACCUGCGGUGCCUGGGUAAAAACGGUGUGUUUGUGGACGGAGUGUUCCUCCGGCGGGGCGCCCCUCCUCUGCAGCUCCCACGAAUGUGCACGUUCAGGUUUCCCAGCACAAACAUUAAGAUCAACUUCACGGCCCUGUCCAGCGGGAAGAAAGCCAAGCGUGAGGCGCCGGAGUCCCCGGUGAAGCCGGUCCAGCCCCAGAUCUCCCCCCUCACCAUCCACAUUCCAGACAACAUCGCUCACCUGAUGAGCCCCCUGCCGUCGCCCACCGGCACCAUCAGCGCUGCUAACUCCUGCCCCUCCAGCCCACGGGGGGCGGGCUCCUCGGGCUACAGGAUGGGUGGGCGCAUGGUCAGCUCCGCGGAGCUGCAGCUCAUAAACGACAACUCGCAGCCCGAGAACGACAAAGAGGCGUCUGGAGGGGACAGUCCCAAGGACGACUCCAAGCCUCCCUACUCCUAUGCACAGCUGAUAGUCCAGGCCAUAACUCUGGCUCAGGACAAGCAGCUCACACUAAACGGCAUCUACAAUCACAUCACCAAGAACUACCCGUACUACAGGACCGCCGACAAGGGCUGGCAGAACUCGAUCCGUCACAACCUGUCGCUGAACCGCUACUUCAUCAAAGUGGCGAGGUCGCAGGAGGAACCGGGGAAGGGUUCCUUCUGGAGGAUAGACCCGUCCUCGGAGGCCAAGCUCAUCGAGCAGGCUUUCAGGAAACGAAGGCCCCGCGGGGUUCCCUGCUUCAGGACCCCUCACGGACCCCUCUCCUCCAGGAGCGCCCCAGCGUCUCCCAACCACACGGGGGGGCUCUCCGCUCACUCCAGCGGCGUCCAGACCCCGGACAGUCUGUCCCGAGAAGGCUCGCCGGUCCCCCUGGAGCCGGACACGUCCUCCGCUCCCCCCCCGGUGUCCGCCACCAUCGUCCAGCCCAAGCUGGCGGUGAUCCAGGAAGCACGCUUUGCACAGAACACAUCAGGCUCGCCGGUCAGCAGCCAGCCGGUUCUCAUAGCAGUCCAGCGCCAGUUACCUCAGACCAUGAAGCCGGUGACUUACACCAUGGCGUCGCCGGUGAGCGCCAGCAGCUCCCAGCCCGCCGUCCAGACCGUCCACGUCCUGCAGCAGAUCCCCGCCGGCGCCACCGUCAUCGCCCAGCCGGCCGCCAUCCUCAAGAAGAGCGAGCCGCAGGAGAACGGGGAGCACGCGGAGAUCAAAGUCAAAGUAGAGACGGUGUCCGCCAUCGGCUCUGUGGGCGCCUCCAGUCGGAUCAUCCAGACCUCCCAGUCGGCCACGCCCCUGCAGACCGUCACCAUCGUGCAGCAGGCCCCCGUGGGUCAGCACCAGCUGCCCAUCAAGGCAAUCACACAGAACGGCACCCACAGCAUCACCACCGCCCUCCAGGCUCCCGUCGGCUCAGCUCCAGCCGCGGCGAGCCCCCUCCACCUGCUGGCCACCCACGCCUCCGCCUCCGCCUCCCUCCCCACCAAGCGGCAGAACGGAGACCAGCUGGGGAGCGAGCCGCCAGACGCCAAGCGGGCGAAAACCGAGGAGGAGACGCCGGCGGCGGCGGCAGAGACGGACUCGGCGGCGGCGGCCGGCGACCAACCGAAUUAGCCCGUCUGACCUCGCGCCGCAGAGCCCCGCCUCCUCCUCCCUUCGCCCACCGUCUCUCUUUCAUUUUGUUUCGUUCCUCCUCCUCCUCCCCCUCGCCGCUCACGACCAAGGUGCCAAACGGAGACGACCCCCCCCCCCCUCCCUCCCCUUCGGUUUGGCUCUCCCUGUGAAAAACAUGGCCGCCGCUUCAAAAACAGGAAUGUGGGACGAGAACAAAGAAACUUAAAGGUUUUCCGCGUGAGCCGAGACUGAAGCUAGACCACAGGAAGCCUUAGCAGCAGCAGCAAACCCUUAAACGGGCCGACCUUUGACCUCCGAGCGGGGGCCGGCUCGGGCUGGACGCCGCCUUUCUGUCGCAUCUACCUCAGAGCAGACGGGCAGCCAGCGGGACGCGCCGUCCGUCACGACGAGCGCUCAGCUGUUAGCUUCUUCACUUUUUAUGUCCUAAUUAACCAAUUAAAGUAACAAAGGGAUCAACUCGGAGCCACCCUGUAAUUCCUGGCAGCUAGCCUCUCACAUUACUGACCCACCCCCCACCUCCCCCCCUUUAAUCGCAGCUGUACGUAGAAAUGCAGCGUUCUGUUUUGUAAAGUAUUUACACCUAACUAGAAAUGUAAUAAAUAAAUAAAUUAAAGGCAGCGUACGAAGCGGUGACAUUUCAGAAACUAAGUUAGAGAAGUUUUUACGUGAACUUUUCGUUUCCGUUUGGUGAGAACAGUGUAACAGUUUAUUUCUUUGUUUUUUUUUUAUUGGUAAACUUUCUCCUCUGACACCCCCCCACCCCCCACCCCCCCACCUCCUGCUUUGACGUUAUCUUUACGAUUCUGCCUUGUUAUUCCUUCAUGUUCCAAAACUGGCACAGAUCUCCAUGCAUGUAUCCGACAACAGAGAAAUCCUCAGCAAAUACAGAGAGAGACCAGAGCUGCACUUGAUUAAACGUUCAUUUCUCUUCUUCUUCUUUUGUUUCUUCCCCCCCUCCCAUGGUCCUCCAGGCUGUGUUGAUGCUGUGGUGUUGGCAGAUUCCUCCUGCUCACACAUCCAUUUUCUUCAUGGCGUAUUUUGCUCUGAUCAGACAACCUGGCGAGUCUGUUUUUUUCUUUU